GGCACUGGGUGGCGGUGCCCGGCGGGUGGGUCUGUCUCCGAAAGUCCCCGAUUCCAACUUCCCGGAGUCCUAGUAGCCGCGGCGCCGGGUGGCGAGAGGCGGGUCCGAGAGACCCCUGCGACCCUCUGUGGUUCGGGGGUGUGGUUGCACAGGCACGAAAGCUCUUCGGAAGUCGCAGUCAGCAGGCGGAGCUCCUCGCCGUAGUUUUCACCGAAGGUUAGCUAGGACCGACAGCCGCCCUCCGUCCCCGCAGAAGAGUCAGGGAUCGGGCUCCGGAUUCCUGGAGCGGUUCUCCCGACACCGGAGCCAAACGGGAGCAGUCCGGAAGGGCGGGUCUGUAAUCACUGUGGUGCUAAGGAGCACCUUGCUUACCUACCUCCUGGCUGGAGUUCAGGGGUCCUCACUCCUGAGCCCUGAUUUUACAGAAGCUACGUUUGGAAGUGAGGCGUUCUUGGAGCUGAGGGGAAGUGAACCUGGGUUCCUGUACCAGCUCUGCCACUCACCAUGGCCAAGUCGCUUUCUCUCUUUGGGUCCCGGUGAUUUUGAUCUGUCAGAGAAGCGUUUAGGACUUGAACCCGAAGUAUGAUUCUCAGGAUUCCUAAAUCCCCCACCAUUCAUCCGGAAGCAGGAACAACAAAUUGACUUUCUAUCCCUUCAUCUGCUUGUAGUUCUAAAUUAUAAAAGUUAUAAGAGCUUGGAAUAGAGCCUUUUCCUAAGAUUAAGAGCUGAAUGGAAACUUACCCAUUUCCUACCCCAGGGCCUGAUGCAGCCAGGGAGAAUCCUUUUUGUCAAGGGACCGAGGAAAGUAUUAGGUUGGGGAGUAUGUUUCUUAGAUCACAGUUGACAAAACUUGUGUAACUUCCAGGCCAAAUCUGGCACACUUGCAUUUUUUUUUUUGAUUAAAAAAAAUGUUUAUUUAUUUUGAGAGAGAGAGAGUCCCAAGCAGACUCUGUGCUGUCAGCGCAGAGCUGGACGUGGAGCCCGAGCUCACGCAACUGUGAGAUCAUGACCUGAGCUGAAAUCAAGAGUCAGGACGCUUAACCAACUGAGCCACUCCGGCGCUCCAAGGUUUUUCCAUUUUUAGAUAACUAACAGAAACGAAAAGGAUAAUAUUUGUGAUACGUAAAGGCAACAUGAACCUGAAAUUUGCCCGCAAAUAAAGUUUUUGGGGGAACGUAGCCGUGUUGAUUUGUGAAGGUGUUGUCUGUGCCUGCUUUCGCACUACAUCAGAAGAGUCGAUGGCAUAGUUGUGACAGAGACUGUCUGUCCUACAAAGCCUAAGAUAUUUACCAUUCUGGGCCUUUGUAGAAGCGUAUGGGGAUUUCUGCUUUGGAAUGGGCAGAAUCAGAGACCAAACAAUGGUGAGCACACCCUGAAAUCAUAGCACAAACCUACUUUCUUGGAAUAAAUGAAAGACUGUUCUCAGCGUUUGGGUUGCAGUUUUCACUGUAUUCUUUUUUUCUCUGUUUUUGCACACUCGGGCAGAGGAAGGGCUCUUCUGUGUACUGUGAGCAGUGUAAUAUUGCGGCCCUCGUUCAGGAAAGUGUCCCCGUUGAAUAUUCUAAGUCUGUCCCAGAGUAGUAAUCCAGGAGGGUGGAGACAGUCUCUUUUGGAUUAUAUUUACUUUUGUUUUUUUCUCCUCCAAAGGAAAAGAAAGUCAUGAGAGAUACUGUCUGAUGGAUGGAGCCUGCUGACCAAGUGCUUCAUGCUGACUUCACUGGGGGGUGACUGAACAUCUGGUGACCCGAAACUUCCUCUGCUCUUACGGGGACUAAGGGGACGCCUCUGAGGCUGGGCAGCAAAUCUCUGAGCUCAGGAGUUGAAUCAGGAAGCUUCUAGGAAGACAUUAUUUUCUCCUUCUAGCCUUAUGGAAGCUUGGUUUUCCCCCAGCCCUCGGAUCUAACUUUCUCUGUGGUGACUGCUAGCUUGGAUCACAUUGUGAGAGCUCAGUGUCUUUUUCUGAUUAGGUGGACACCUGUCAUGGAGAGAACUGGCGUGACAUGCUGUUGGGGCCACUGAGAGGCCUGGGCAGCCACGGGGACCACGAGCUUCAGGCUUUAGUUGGUAGCUAGGAUGAACUGCUGUGACAACAUCGAGAAAAGCAGAAUAUUUAGCUCUCACAGCAUCCUUAACGGACAUUUUCUCACUUGACCUUUUUUUUUAAAAAAACCUUUUUUUUUAAUGUUUAUUUAUUUUUGAGAGAGAAGGCACAAGCAGGGGAGGGGCAGAGAGAGAGGGAGACCCAGAAUCUGAAACAGGCUCCAGGCUCCGUGCUCUCAGCACAGAGCCUGAUGUGGGGCUCGAACUCACAAACUGUGAGAUCAUGAGCUGAGCCGAAGUUGGACGCUUAACCAACUGAGCCACCCAGGCGCCCCUCACUUGACCUUCUGACAACCUAUGGUCAAGGUAAAAAAACAGGGGACUUGAAGCCAAACGGACAAGGAUUUGAAACUUCCUACCCCUUUACUGGGUCCUAAUGCUGAUGAGAAGACUGAGUCCUACACAUGCUAAGUGAUUUCCUCCAGAUGCCUCAUUUCAUAAGGAUCGGAGCCUAGGCCCUCACUCUGUCAGCCUACCACUAAUUCUAAAGGGGCGCCUGGUCAGAAUGGCUGUCGGGUGGUUCUACUUGUCCUUCUAUGCACUGUCGCUGCUGGGCCUGAUGUGCGUCAUCCUCACUGUCUACUGGAUGCAGCUGUGGCAUGGUGGCUUCGCCUGGGAUGGCACCAGCCGCCUCAUGUUCAACUAUCACCCCGUGUUCAUGGUCGCUGGCUCAGUGGUGGUCUACAGUGCUGCAUCGCUGGUGUACCGCCUGCCGCAGUCGUGGGUGGGGCCCAAGCUGCCAUGGAAGAUUGGCCACGCAGUCCUGCACCUGCUGGCCUUCAUCCUGACCGUGCUGGGGCUGGUCGUCGUCUUUCAGUUUCACAACCACGAAAACACCGUCAGCCUCUACUCCCUGCACAGCUGGCUGGGCAUCGUCACCGUCUUCCUUUUUGCCUGCCAGUGGUUCCUGGGCUUUGUUGUCUUCCUGCUGCCGUGGGUGUCCGUGUGGCUGCGCAGCCUCCUUAAACCCAUCCACGUCUUCUUUGGAGCUGUCAUCCUCUUUCUGUCCGUUGCGUCUGUCAUUUCCGGCAUUAAUGAGAAGCUCUUCUUCAGUUUGAACAACAACACCCAGCCAUACUCCAGUCUGCCCAGUGAAGCUGUCUUUGCCAACAGCACUGGGAUGCUGGUCGUGGUCUUUGGGCUACUGGUGCUCUAUAUCCUCCUGGUUUCGUCUUGGAAACGCCCAGAGCCAGGGAUCCUGAGCGAAGGACAGCCCCUGUUGCGUGACGGGGAGUGAAGCGGGAAGGGCACCCACGAGCAGGUGGAGGUGUUUCCCCCCAGCUCUUCUCUGCCAGGGGCUCCUCUCUGGUUUCAGCAACAGACUAGCUUUGCGCUCUGGGCCCGAACCUCUUCUGGCCUCCGUGUGGGGUCUGCUCUCCCCACCAAUCUCCUGCCCACCCGCUCUGCUUGGUGGCUUCUCUACCCCUUCCUGGCAUCGACUUCUCGGGUUCUCCACACACGCCGCCCCAGCUGCUCACGCUGUGUGCUCCCUGCUCCCUGUGUGAAGUCAAGCUGAUUUCCCCUCUCGGCCCCUAAGGAUCUGGUAGAGACUCUCUCCAGCUCAGAUAAGCCAGGACGCAGGUGCAACUUGUACGUGGAAAGUGAGGGAGGUAACGGUGUCCGGCAGCUUUCCCCGGAAGGCGUGCGUUAUAUUUGGGCCGCCCUGACCGUCGGGCGGCCAGCAUCCGCCGUGCCCUCCAUCCAGCCUGCCCAGACGUGAGGCUGGAAUGGAGAAGGUGGAAGGUGAUGGAAGGUGAUGGAAGGAGAAGGGCAGCAGAGGGGCUUCCGCAGAGAAGCUGAGGAGCUGACUGCUCUUUGCUGUUCUGUUUCGUGUCGCUGCGUUCCUCGUCCACCUGCACUGUGACCACGUGCCCCCACCUCUCGCUGCUGCCACAGCCCUGGCCUAGAUCCUGGCCUUUCCCUGUGACUUACGUGCCCGUCAAUGUCAGGCAGCCCGAGGAACCCUGAUGACCUGCUCUCCCAAGAACCGCGUGUCCCCAGCUGCCCCACAAGGGAUGAGCCCCAGGGACGCCUUGGACUUCCGUUCCUGCCCCUGCCCAGAUCAGGGCCUCCCCACCUGGCCCCGGGCAGGCUCAGCCUCGAUCUCUUGGCAGAGCCCCUGCCCAGCUGAUUUUCACUCUCUAGCUCCCCAUGCAACAAGCCAAAGUUGUGGUGCAUUGUGCCCCGUGGGCGGCUUUCCAAGGUGCUCCCUGCUGAGUACUGGAGUGCCUCAUUUGCCCCCUCAGUGGCUACUUGCUUGGCCAAACCCAGUCUCGUGUUAUGCCUGAGGGCGAGCUGCGGGGGGGG